AUGGCCCUGAAAGCGGAUCAAUAUUGUCGACCUUGUCUCAAAAUAUUCCUGAAAGUGGAUCUCGCAUCCAAAUUGGUGACCUUGUCUAAAAAUGGUCCUGAAAGCGGAUCAAAAUUGGCGAUCUUGUCUAAAAAUUGUCCUGAAAGCGGAUCAAAAUUGGCGACCUUGUCUCAAAAUAUUCCUGAAAGUGGAUCUGUAUUGUCAACCUUGUCUCAAAAUGGUCCUAAAAGCGCAUCCAAAUUGUCGACCUUGUCUAAAAAUCGUCCUGAAAGCGGAUCCAAAUUGGCGACCUUGUCUAAAAAUGUUCCUGAAAGCGGAUCAAAAUUGGCGACCUUGUCUAAAAAUUGUCCUGAAAGCGGAUCAAAAUUUGCGACCUUGUCUAAAAAUGGUCCUGAAAGCGGAUCAAAAUUGGCGACUUUGUCUAAAAAUGGUCCUGAAAGCGGAUCAAAAUUGGCGACCUUGUCUAAAAAUGGUCCUGAAAGCGGAUCAAAAUUGGCGACCUUGUCUAAAAAUUGUCCUGAAAGCGGAUCAAAAUUGGCGACCUUGUCUAAAAAUGGUCCUGAAAGCGGAUCAAAAUUGGCGACCUUGUCUAAAAAUGGUCCUGAAAGCGGAUCAAAAUUGGCGACCUUGUCUAAAAAUGGUCCUGAAAGCGGAUCAAAAUUGGCGACCUUGUCUAAAAAUGGUCCUGAAAGCGGAUCAAAAUUGGCGACCUUGUCUAAAAAUGGUCCUGAAAGCGGAUCCAAAUUGGCGACCUUGUCUAAAAAUGGUCCUGAAAAAGGUUGA